AAUCAACGCCACAAACAGAUAGCCUUUCGUCUCUUUCAUUUUCAGAGGCCACCAGUGCCUGGACCUGGACGCUCGCGCCCCGGCCUCGCCGCCAUGGCUCCCUCCCUCGCCGCCCUCCACUCCGCCGCCGCCAGCCACCUCCCACACCCUCGACGUCAGAGGACCACCGCCCUCGCGCGCGCCUCCUCCGUCCUCCGCCUGCCACUCCGCCGCCGCUCCCGUGGGUCGCCGCCGAGAACCUCGCAGUUCGCGACCGGCGGCGCUGGGGGCACGGCCACCGGCGGCGGCAGCGGCAGCGGCAGGGCGAGGCGAGGCCUGGGCAUCGACGUCGCCGCGGUCGGCGCGGCGCUGCGCGACGCCAGAACGGCCGACGACGUGGAGUCCGUGGUGAAUGCCUUCUUGAACCACGACAACGCCGCCGCCGCCGGCGAGGCUCACCUCCUGCCCCUCCAGGUGUACACGUGCGUCAUCCGGGGGCUCGGCAAGGACAACCGCCCGGACGCCGCGUUCGCCGUCGUGGAGCACCUCAAGCGGAGAGGAGCCGUGCUGAACCAGUUCGUGUACAACUGCCUCCUCGGCGCCGUCAAGAGCUGCGGCGAGUUCGGCCGGAUCCAGGCCGUCCUCGACGACAUGGAGGCGCAGGGGGUGUCCCCGAACAUCGUCACCUACAACACGCUGAUGUCCAUCUACGUGCACCAGGGCAGGGUCGAGGACGUCCUCAGGGUGUACGCCGACGUGCAGGAGCGCGGGCUCGUGCCCACCGCCGCGACCUACUCCACGGUGAUGUGCGCCUACAAGAAGGCGGGUGACGCGUUCGCGGCCAUCGAGUUCUUCGCCAUGCUCAGCGGCAGGUACAGGAACGGGGAGCUGGUGGUGGGGAACCGUGGUGACUGGGAGCAGGAGUUCGUCAAGUUCGAGAAGCUGACCGUCCGGGCUUGCUACAUGUCGAUGCGGCGGUCGCUCGUCGGGGGGAAGAAUCCGGUCGGCGAGGUGCUGAAGGUCCUCCUCGCCAUGGAUGAGGCAGGUGUUCGUCCGGAGAGGAGCGACUACGAGCGGCUCGUCUGGGCGUGCACGGGGGAGGAGCAUUACGCCAUUGGCAAGGAGCUGUACCAGAGGAUUCGUGAGGGUGGUGAUGGGGGCGAGAUCAGCCUGUCCGUCUGCAACCACCUGAUCUGGCUGAUGGGCAAGGCGAAGAAAUGGUGGGCGGCUCUCGAGAUCUAUGAGGAUUUGUUGGACAAAGGCCCGAAGCCGAACAAUCUGUCUCAUGAGCUGAUCAUGUCACACUUCAAGAUUCUUCUUGAUGCUGCCAAGAGAAGGGGAAUUUGGAGGUGGGGUGUGAGGCUGCUCAACAAGAUGCAGGAGAAGGGAUUGAAGCCUGGAAGCAAGGAGUGGAAUGCUGUUCUCCUCUCAUGUUCAAGGGCUUCCGAAGCAUCGGCAGCGGUGGAUAUCUUCAAGAAGAUGGUAGAUGAAGGGUUGAAGCCAGAUGUGGUUUCCUAUGGUGCAUUGCUGAGUGCACUUGAGAAAGGCAAGCUUUAUGAUGAGGCCUUGAGGGUCUGGGAACACAUGUGCAAAGUUGGGAUCAAACCGAACCUCUACGCAUACACGAUAUUGGUUUCGAUUUACAUCGGCAAGGGCAACCAUGCUAUGGUGGAUGCUGUUCUUCAUGACAUGGUGUCGAAACAGAUCGAGCCAACCGUUGUCACCUUCAACGCAAUAAUCAGUGCAUGUGUGAGGAGUAACUCAGGUGGAAAUGCCUUUGAGUGGUUUCACAGGAUGAAGAUACGGGGCAUUGAGCCGAAUGAAAUUACAUACCAGAUGUUAAUUGAAGCUCUUGUGCAAGAUGGCAAACCAAGACUUGCUUAUGAGAUGUACAUGAAGGCUUGCAGCCAAGGUCUUCAGCUUCCUGCAAAGUCAUAUGACACUGUACUGGAGGCGUGUAAGGCUUAUGGCUCCAUAGUAGAUCUAACUACUUUGGGUCCUCGCCCUUCAAAAGGGGUGGAACCCAUCAGGAUAGAGAAUAACUUUUCCAGUUUCUCUCAAUUCAAGGAUCUGCCUAGCACCUCUCAUCAUUUUGCAGGCAUCGGAAUGUAUGGAUUUUCGGGAUACAGAAUGGCAAGGUAAAACCAUGCAUGUAACAUACUACCACGCCCUGUUGUAUAGUUGCCUUCACCCUCCAAAAACAUUAACUUAUGUAUUUGUAAGUUCACUAAUAAGUUGUAAAAAAAUACUAGUACACUGGCAUUUUUGUUUCAUUCAUCUUAUGUUAGUGUGGAUAUUUUGAACAUAGUGAUGCAACUUUUUGGUGUGCAUGUGUCCUUUUC